GGUGCGGCAGCUACAGGAGGAACUCACGACGGUUUGGAGGCGACUAGAGAGCGCGGAGCAUCAACUGAGGCUGACGCUUGAAGAGCGUGAUGACCACAUGGAGGGACGGGGUGGUGUUGCCACUUGUCGCUCAAUGCCGGGGGAGUCACGGGAUGUUGCCGCCUCGCUGCAUUACGAAUUGAAGCAACUCCAUCAGCGCGAUGUGGCGAACCAACAGACGAUUGAGCGGCUGCGCGUCGAGUUGGCCACACUGAAGCGGCGUCGGGCGGAGGAGCGUCAGCGGCAGAAGGAGCUCCGUGCUGCACGAGCCGCCAUGUUGGAGCGGCUUGAGAAGACCUUUGCCGAGGCGUUACGGCGGCAGGACUGCAGCAUGCGGGCCAUUCCGCAGGCACUUGCACGUGCGCGAAAUGAGUUGGGGCAGCUCAACAUGCAGCGGAGCUAA